GGUUGUUUUUCCUUAAUGACAUAUCCUUGUUUCGAGGUGAAACAGAAAGGGAGCAAAAAGUUUUGGUUACAUCUAGCUGCGAUCACUCCAUUCGUCUGUGGCGAAAGGCACAGAAAUUCUCUUUUGGCAAGCAUUUCAAGAGAUUCGAAGGUGAGGGUUUGGGAUACAACCACAUCAUCGGCUGUUCGUUCAUCCUGCUGUGUAGGAAUGACUUCUGUUGCUGGUGCACCUGUGAGCAUGCAAUGCCAGGAAUCGCUAUUGUAUAUUGGAGCUGGUUCUUCUGUCACUGCUGUUGACUUAAGGACAAUGCGGAAAGUUACGACUGCAGCAGUACAUCGGCCAAAGCUAUAUUCAUUUGAUAUUGUUCCUUCAAAAUCUUUAAUCUGCACGGGCGGUGAUGGCAGAGCAAUGCUUUGGGAUAUUAGAAGAAACCAAGAAGAGCCAGUAGCGGAGUUGGACGGACAUUGUGGGCCAGUUACAUUACUGCACAUGGAUCCGUACAAAAUUUUAACUGGAGGCCCUCAAGAUCCAUGCAUCAAUGUUUGGGAGGUUGAUACGGGCGCGCAAAUAAAGUCCUUGAGUUGCUGCUGUGGGGAAAAAGAAGCUCAUGGCAGCAGGUCUGGCUGUGGUGCAAUGGCAGUAGAUGGGUGUAGAAUAGCCACUGCUAGCUACUGUGAAGAAAUGGGAAUUCUGCGCUUUAGGGACUUCAGUAACGCUUCGAGUUCUGUCAUGAAACUGGAAGAGGACCAGACCCAGACAUCCAAAUUUUGGGAUUCUUCAUCUGAUCGUAUCACUUCAGAUUGGCAAUCCUAGUCCAAAAGUUCAUGGUUCCCGGAAAUUUGGUUCUGUACCAUUACCAGGAUACGUUAGCUUUUAUACAAUCGUGAUUGUUUCUUCAUGUUUUUGUCCCUUCAUUCGUCGCGGGUUCAACAUUUCGUCUACUCGACAUAGUGAGAAAAUCUCCCCGUGGUUGAGCACA